AUGGCCGACUCAAAGAAAAAGGAAGCAGAAGCUGCUUUAAAAGAAGCUGAUAAAAUAACAACUAAAUCAUUUACAAGAUGGAAAUGUGAUUGGGAUAAUGGAGCUAUAUUAUACGAAAAGGCAGCAAAGGGAUUUAGAACAGCAAAGCAAUUCGAUCAAGCUAUUUAUUGUUUCAAGAGAUUGUCUCUGUGUCAAACCAACCAAGAUGUAUAUUAUUUGGCUGCAAAGAGUAUAGAAUCAGCUGCCAUGAUGGAAAAGGAACAAAAUCAUCUCAAAGAAGCUGUAGAGUUGUUGGUUGAAUCAAGUAAAUUAUAUAGAACCAAUGGUAACAGUUUUGCUGCUGCCGAUGCUAUGACUAGAGCUGCAAAAAUGAUUGAAGAAAAAGAUGUUGAUCAAGCAUUACAAUUAUUACAUGAUGCAUGUGAAUUAUUUGAAUUGGAUGAUAAAGAACAUUUCUCUGGAGAUGCAUUCAAGAUGACCAUCUCAAUGCUGUUGAGACACAAAAAGAUAUUUGAAUGUAUUGAUUUGUUGAUUAUACAAAACAGAGUAUUUUCGAAAUUGGAUCAAACCAACGAACUCAACAAAUCAUGUCUAUCGGUCAUUGUUUUACAUUUGGAUAUGGAUGAUAAUGUCAUGGCUAAAAAGAGAUAUGAAGACUUUUUACAAUAUGUUCAAUGGGCUCAUAGCAAUGAAGGAAAGGUUGCUGGUCAAUUAAUUCAAGCAUUUGAUGCCAAUGAUGCUGAGGCUGUAAAGAAAUUAUCACAACAAUAUUUAUUUAAUUUCCUUGAUAAUCAAGUUGCCAAAAUUGCAAAGAAUUUAUCACUUGGAGGUGUAAGUGGUGGAAAGGAAGCUGAAGAAAGUGUACUUUAA